AUGGAAAUCGAAAACGUUUUUGAAAAUGGUGGAUUUUACAUGAUCGAAGAAAUCGAUAUUCCUUUUGAAGAAGAAAUAUUGCGUAAUCCAUACACCUUAAAAGCUUGGUUUAGAUACAUCGAUCAUAAAUCAGAGCAGCCAAUAGCCCAGCAAAUUUUUGUGUAUGAACGAGCUUUGAAAGAAUUACCAGGCUCAUACAAAAUAUGGAAGAGAUAUUUGGAUCUUCGAAGAGAAAAGGUUCAAGAUUUAAAUCCAGUCCGAUAUGAAAAAGAAUAUUUGAAAGUCAAUAAUUGUUUUGAGAGGGCGUUAGUUUUAUUACAUAAGAUGCCUCGAAUAUGGAUAGAUUAUUGUAGUUUUCUGAUGAAACAAUGCAGAGUUAUUAAAACUCGUCGAACGUUUGAUCGCGCCUUAAAGGCAUUACCCAUAACACAGCAUCCUAGAAUAUGGGAGAUUUAUUUAAAAUUUGCGAGAGAAAUAGGUGGAGAGACUGCCAUCCGGUUAUAUCGCAGGUAUCUUAAAUUGGAACCAGAUCACGUAGAAGAAUAUAUAGACCUGUUACUUUCGAUGGAUCGUUACGAUGAAGCUGCGAAACGACUUGCACAAGUCGUUAAUAACGAUAGAUUUCAAUCAAUGCAUGGUAAAUCCAAUUAUCAAUUAUGGAUGGAAUUAUGCGAAUUAAUAUGUGAACAUCCCCAUGAAAUCAAAAGUUUGAAGGUAGAACCAAUUAUAAGAAGUGGCAUUCGAAGAUUUACAGAUCAAGUGGGUAAACUAUGGAAUUCAUUAGCAAGUUAUUGGAUUAAGUUACAACAUUUUGAGAAGGCGAGGGAUGUUUUCGAAGAAGGUAUAAGUACAGUGAUGACCGUCAGAGAUUUCACUCAAAUAUUUGAUACAUAUGCAAAGGCGGAAGAAACAUUUAUAGAAAAAAAAAUGGAAGAAGCUGCCAAACGUGUUGAAGAAGGCAUAGAUGAUCCGAAAGAAGAUUUAAAAUUAGAUUUAAGACUUAUGCGUUUCGAACAAUUGAUGGAUCGAAGACCUUUUUUGGUGAAUGAUGUCUUAUUAAGGCAAAAUCCUAAUAACGUACAUGAAUGGGAAAAGAGAGUAUCUUUGUGGAAAGAUAAUCAUGAAAAGAUUGUUGAAACAUAUUCGACUGCAAUGCGAACGGUUGAUCCUAAAAAGGCUACCGGAAAAUUUCAUGAAUUGUGGGUUAAUUUUGCAAAAUAUUACGAAAAAGGGGAUGACUUGGAAAGUGCACGAACAAUAUUUGAAAAAGCUACCCAUGUCAAUUUCAAAAAUGUUAAUGACUUGGCUUUUGUGUGGUGUGAAUAUGCAGAAAUGGAAUUACGGCAUAAAUUCUAUGAUAAAGCGAUUGAAGUGAUGAGUCUUGCAACGGUUCCAGUUGGAAAUCCGAAUGUCGAUUUUCGUGACGAAAAUAUACCAGUACAACGACGAGUAUUUAAGUCUAUUAAACUAUGGUCUUUUUAUGUUGACUUGGAAGAGAGUAUCGGUACCAUAGAAUCAACAAGAGCCGUUUACGAUAGAGUUCUUGAAUUAAAAAUAGCUAACCCGCAGAUCAUUAUUAAUUACGCCAAUUUUCUAGAAGAAAACAAAUACUUUGAAGAGAGUUUUAAAGUGUAUGAACGUGGAGUAGAAUUAUUCAAUUACCCAAUUGCAUUUGAAAUUUGGAAUGUUUACCUAACUAAAUUCAUAGCUCGAUAUGGUGGUGCUAAAUUAGAACGUGCCCGAGAUUUAUUCGAACAAGCUCUUGAAAAAUGUCCUCCAAAAUAUUCAAAACCUUUAUACCUUAUGUAUGGUAAAUUAGAAGAGGAUUAUGGAUUAGCACGACAUGCGAUGCGUAUUUAUGAUCGCGCAACUAGAGCUGUUGCUGAUGAAGAUAGAUUUGAUAUGUUUAACUUUUAUAUUGCCAAAGCUAGUGCGAACUUUGGUGUUACUUACACACGUGAAAUUUAUGAGCGUGCAAUUGAGGUUUUACCAGACAAAGAAGCAAAAGAUAUGUGUUUAAAGUAUGCCGAAUUAGAACGCAAAUUGGGAGAAAUAGAUCGAGCUAGGGCACUAUACGCUCACGCGUCACAAUUCUGUGAUCCAAGGAUAGUACCCUCUUUCUGGCAAAUAUGGCAUGAUUUCGAAGUCAAGCACGGUAACGAAGAUACAUUCAAAGAAAUGCUUAGAAUUAAGAGGAGUGUUCAAGCCCAAUACAAUACUGAGGUUAACUUUAUAUCCGCUCAAAUACUUGCCACUCGUCAAGCUAACCAAAGUACUCAACAAGGUUUACAACCAAAUGUAUCCGAUCAAACGAAUGCACCAAACGCAAUGCAACUAAUUGAACAAGAAACUAUACAAAACAUGGGAAAUAAUUCGAAAGUUGUCAAAGCAAUGGCCUUUGUCCCGGCUUCUACACAAACAAAGAAAGAAAACGAGAACUCUGAUGAAAACGUGAACCCUGAUGAAAUCACAAUGGAUAUGGACGAAGAAUAA